AUGUGUGAUGCUGAAUUGCAUGAGCGACUCGAAAUGCUGACAUUGCUGCAUAUAGACGUUGGUUCGCUUGCGUACCGCAUGUCGGCCCCGAGUCCGGUCUGCGACACCCCGCACCACCCGCAUUAUUACCACCAUCAAAGCACGUUGUCGCACAACUCGUCGGGCCCGCUGAGCUCGACACCGACAGACGCCACUUCGCCCGGCAUGUCCCUGGGCGGCGACGAUGACGACGACGGCGGCGACUCGACACCAGUGCUACUCGACUCUGGCGGCUUCAGCUCGCUGCCCGUCGAUCUCAAUGACAUCUCGCCGAUCGUCCGAAACGGGCUCUUGUCGCGAGAUCAUCAGCGUCUACUUCAUCAUCAUCAUAAUCAUCAUCAGGAGCAGGAUAAGCAACAGCCGCCGCCGCCGAGUCCAGCGGACGUGUGGAAGCGUCCUCCGGUGCCGACGUCGUUGCCGAUCAAGAAUCCGAACCGACCGGCGGCGAAUGUGUCGAAUGCGAUGGGGAAAGUGCGGGAAGAGGAAGUGGAUGACGUUGAUGACGGGACGCCGACUCCGACGCCUUUUGAUUUUGCAUGUCGAGAUGUCGACGAAGGAAGCAGAGACAAGGGAGAGUUGCUGACGAAUGGCCUGGAUCCUGCCAGCCUCCCUCCCAUGGUCAGGAGAAGGAAGACGCCUCUGGACGACGCCGAGAGGAUCCAGCGUCGAAGCAGUUACUUGAAGGCUACGACCGACCAAGCUGUGGACCUCGUGGCUCAGGACACACCGGUCAACACACCUGUCGAGCCGAAGCCUAAGGACGGCAAAAGACCCGAGAGCGACUCGGCUCCGGGCUCGGUCAAGCCGGCCUCGAUCGAGCUCAUUCGGGCACCGGCGUAG